AUGGCUUAUGGCGAUGCAACCAAUGAGGCAUCACUUGCGGCGGCCUUUUCGCGGCGGAGAUAUGCUGCGAGCAGUGCCUACUUCCAACACAGUGGACAACCGUUUGUCUCCACCUUCGAGGGGCCCAACAAUGCAAAGGACUGGGUGGAUAUCAAGGGUCAGACGGGGUGUUUCUUUGUCCCCGACUGGUCCUCCGUUGGAGCUAAAGCAGCAGUAGCUAAGGGUGUGGCCGAUGGGCUCUUUAGCUGGGCCGCAUGGGCCUGGGGAGGUCAAGAGAUGAACACCUAUGUGGAUGCUUCUUAUCAGGAUUAUCUCAAAGGUCUACCUUAUAUGAUGCCGGUCUCCCCAUGGUUCUAUACUAACCUCCCUGGCUACAACAAGAAUUGGCUAUGGCGGAGUGAUAACUUGUGGUACGACCGCUGGCAGGAGGUCUGGUAUCUGCAACCCGAAUUUGUACAGAUUAUUUCCUGGAAUGAUUACGGAGAGUCCCACUAUAUUGGGCCGGUCUACGAGAAGUCUAUGGCGGCCUUCGACAUUGGCCGCGCACCUUUCAAUUACGUGAAGAAUAUGCCGCAUGAUGGAUGGCGCGCUCUGCUACCCUUUGUGGUUGAUAUGUACAAGUCAAACACGACUGUUAUUGUGAAUGAAGGACUGGUGACCUGGUAUCGACCUCAACCAAGGGCAGCGUGCAACGACGGCAAUACCACAGUCAACACCGUCAGUCAACUCCAGAUUGAAUUUCUUCCCACCGAGAUAGUGGAGGACCAUAUCUUCUUCUCGGCCCUGCUGGGCAGCAAGGCCGACGUUUCAGUGACAGUUGGCGGGGUUGCUGUGAGUGGUGUCAAGUGGCUACAUACACCGGAUGGGGGUGCAGGCAUGUACCACGGCAGUGUUGCCUAUCCGAACACUGGUGAUGUGGUGGUGACCGUCUCUCGCAACGGGGAAAUGGUGGCUCAGGUCUCGGGGGGCUCCAUUACCACCACCUGUACUGAUGGGUACGAAAAUUGGAACGCUUGGGUUGGUAGUGAUGUCUCACCCGCGCUUGACAUGAAGAUCCCACGCCCUAUCGGUACCGAUGUGUGUGUCGAGGGUACUGGAACGGGCAACUUUGCUGGCCUUUGCGAGUUCGCCUGCACCUACGGAUAUUGUCCGGUGGGAGCCUGUUAUUGUACUAUGGUCGGGGAGCAAAGAACCUUGCCUAAUGCUACCGGUAUUACGGGCUACCCGGCCGCAGGAGAAGAUGCCAACUACAGUGGACUGUGCAGCUUUGCAUGCAACUAUGGAUAUUGCCCUGAGGGCGCAUGUGCUACAGUCAGCUCGCCAUUGACAAUUCCUAGCAGCUCCCCCUUCACUCCUUCCGCCUGCGUGGCCGGAACAGGCGAAGUCAGCCUCGGAGGAUUGUGUUCAUACGCCUGCAACUUCGGUUACUGUCCGAUUCAUUCAUGUACGUGUACGGCAGAAGGGGUAUUGAUCGACGCACCGGCAGCCAACUCCAGUCUUACAGGGGUUCCGGUGUCUACUGUCGAUUACAACCAGUAUCACGGUUUGUGCGACUUUGCGUGUAGUCGAGGGUACUGUCCGGAUGGUGCCUGUGAGCUACGGUCCACACUGGACCCUUCCACUGGUUCGACCGGACAUGACUCCUCCAGCUCGUCCUCAACUUCUAAUAUCUCUAACGACACAAUCGCUUUUGUUGGGUCAGGCGUCUGGGGAGAUCCCUACGCCGACUGUCCCUUUCCAUGCACGAUAAUUUUCCCCGAAACGACACUGGGAAGUCCAACAAUCAUUUUUCCUCCUCCAUACACCACUACAUUGCAGGUGGAAUGGCAGGACAGCAGUGUGACGACGCAGACGGACGGUGAGGUAUCAACCGUGACGACAACGACCCGUGUCGCGGAAUCGACUACGGUUGACAUACCACCGAUCCAAGUAACCGGCUGUCACAUUACCGUCCGUCCCACGCCUCGUCUUCCCCCAAGUACCGUGAUUAUCGCGGACGACCCUAACCCUCUGGGUCAAAGUUCUGUUACGCAUGCUCCCCGGCCGCGUACAGUCAUCAUUCCACCUUACCCCUGGGAUACCAGGCCCUAUGGCAAGGACGGCAGCGACGACAACCUCAUUAUUCCCAAGCCCCCCGCCAUCACCGUUGCCGAUGGUCCCGUGAGCCCCAAGUGCACGAAUGACUGUGGAAAGCUGUGCAGCGAUCGCUUUUGCGGCUGUACGUGGGCCUGUAGGGGAACCGGGUUCACCUACAGCGACGUUGACACCGACGACGACAACAAUGGCGGCAGCACGACCGACGACGGAAGCUCCAGUCCAGGCAAAGGGUCCAACAGUAAUGACAAUCCAGAUGGAGAUGACGAUGACGACGACGACGACGAUGACGGCGGAAUCGAUUUUGGAUGGGGCGGCAUCGACAUCAACGGCAACUCGCUGGACCCCAAUGCCAACAAUGAAGACUCGAAUAAGAGUCAGACCUCCAAGACCACCUCCACCUCUACCUGCACCCGCAAGACAAUUACCGACGCUUGGGUCUCGUGCACAUCGCUUGACUCCAGCUCGACCUCCUGCACCACCACCAGCACCCUCGUUGAGGUCGGCUGCUCCGUCACGGCCACGACCACGACCACGACCGCCACCGGCGAAAGCUGCCCCUUUGUCAACCCCAACGACGACCAGGGUAGUGACGGUGGGGCCCUGGACGACAGCGCCUGGUCCAGCAUUGCGGGCCAAUCCUCGGGGUGGUACACGUAUCUGGGGUACACCGCGGAUCCUGCCAAAACCGCCACGACAACCACGGCGCGUAAAACCAGCACUAGCACCACAACUACAGCCAAAGCAACCGCAGCCGGCUCAACCUCCACCAAUACCAAGCUUCCAACCUACGGUGACAAGUCCGCCUGGGCUUUGUUCCUCCGCGAGGAGGUAGGAAACAACAAACACACCUACAUCUACCAGGGUCUGGAUUACGAGUACGUCGGUCUCGCCCAGAGCAAUUGCCCGCGCGACACCACGUGGUCCCGCAGCGUGAUGACUGGCACCAGGAAGCCCACCAGUCUGACCGGGAUCACGGUGUUCGGCGAUACGUGCUCGCUCACGGCUGACUAUGCGAAUGUCGACCCCACAAAGGACCAGAAAGUCGGGACGCUCUCGUGCAACAAAUACGCCGACGCGACCUGCAAGUAUGAAGAGACGAGUGGGACGUGUGAGACGGGCCAGAUUACGGGGACGCAUAUCUUGUCCUGUUACUGGUGA